ACGAUUGUACAUCGAAACUUGGCGCUGUGCUAACACGUUGAAUCGACCAAAAGCAAAAUGAAAGAUCUGCCGCAGAAAACUAGAAACAUCCUAUCGAACGUGAACCCACCGUCCGAACUGCCCAGCUUCAUUAUGGCGAACGUGGCAACAGCUGGUACGGAGAGUGUGUCGCCUUCCAGCAGCAUGCCCGCGGUCAUCGUGGAUGAUGCAGCGAAAAAAGAUGAAACGGAACCAUUCAUACCGACCAAGUUCAGUCCCGCGAUUCCCGCUAGCAAGGACACAUCACAGUUUACCGCGGAGCAGGCAAUGGCUGCAGCGGGUGUUUAUCCGGAGGAACCAAUCAACCCUCCGGAACCGGUAGGACGUGAGUUUGCAAACAUGAUACUGAACCCGGAACCAGUCGCAGCCGCAUUAAGUCCAAUUACUCAGGGAGGUUCGGCCCUGUUCGGGUGGAUGAAGGGUGCCGUAUCGGGUAGUGGCAUUCUGCAGAAAGUGGCGGAAAAGGCAAAGAAUUCUGUCGACACAAUCGUUACCACGCUGGAUCCACAGAUGAAAGAGUACAUAAAUUCCGGAGGAGACACGGAGGUGAUUGUAGCAUCGGACAAGGACGAUAAGGUGCGACCAAUACGGGAAGCAUUUCAGAAUGUUUUUGGCAAGGCCACCAUUAUUGGGCUACCUGCUCAAGCGGUUGGCAUUGCAGCUCAACCAGUUGGUUUUGCGGCAGGACUAAAGGGAGCCGAGCAUCGCAUCAACAGUAUAAGGGCCGAAAAUCCUCGUGUGGACGAUCAUCUUCCAGUGGUGGCGGUGGAGAAUUUCGUCGUAGAACUAUUCCCCGAUCAAUGGUUUGAAGCUGGGGCAAUCGUAUUAUUCGACUAUGCGAAAAAUAUUCUGCUGAAAACGAUCACACAGAUGACACCGAUUCCGUUGGCUGUCAUUACGGCAUUACAAGCCGAUACGUCGGAAGACUAUAUGCUAAAGGAUACCGGAUUUGCGGCCACGGUUGGCAGCGUUAUGGCAAGAAAUUUGAAUACCCCACAUACCGAGUGGCAUCGGUCGUACACAUCGGUGUCCCGCUCCGAGAUGAUACUGACCGCGGCAAAAACGAUAGCAACGCUCUACAAACGAGCCGUACUCGACUACGAACACACGGCAGCGGCGGCAGUCUCCCAACAGGAUCCGACAGUAGCGGGAGUGGGCAACAACACCGUUCCAUCUGGUACCAGCAGCGGCGGCAGUGCCGGACCCGACCCGGCGGAAUAAGAAUUAAUGUUCACCAUCAUUAGGGCUUGCCACUGUAAUCACUACUAAACGGGCGACUGAAGCGGAUGGACAAAUGAAUUAAGCACAUUAGAAGAAGACUGGGACGGUGGUGACCGUCGUCGAAAGAUAUCGAAAGAGUUAGAUCGGUUAAAGUUUCCCCUCUCUCCCGACAUAGGGCGAUCGGGUUUUAUAAGAUUGUUUGCAAGAAAGGGCAGAUAUCACUGCGCGGCGACGGGCUGGAGAAGAGCGGGAUCCAUACGAAGCUGACAGACACAAACGGUCCCAAAGCUGGGGAGACCUUUGGGCACGAAAUCUCUGGCGGAAAUGAGGUUUUGUAGGUGCGAGUAGAGCAGCAGAAGCAGCAAACGCAUAAAAGUUUUAAUGUUCGGUGGGAGUCUCCAUUACGUGACGGUGUAGAAUAUCAUCCUUUCUUUUAUAUACCACGUUCUUGUUGCUUACGUUAGCGGCCGAGAUUCUUUUCCAGCAGCGAGAAAUCGGCAUGAUUUUCAAUUUAUUGAUUCGACCCUUGAGAUUUCCCUGCACACCGUAUAGAGUAUACGAGUGGGAUGAGUGACCGUAGUGCCCUUCGAUGAAUCUCGUACGGUGCGGAUACGUACGGUUCAGCCUCCUCCUGUGCCGGUACGGUUUGCGAGACAAGGCGAUCUCUGUAAAAAUUUUAGAGCGUCCGCUUAUCAAAAUUAUGACCCUAGUUUAUUAUAACGCUCGUUGAAACUGUAAGCCUAUUAUCGUAAUAAUAACCAGUAAUAAAAGUAACGCUACUAUAUACGCAAAAAUCUAAGGGCUGCUGAGCAAAGGCUGCGUGGACAGAAAAUGUGUUUAUCUUAAUUCGUUUUUAUAUCCGGUUGAUGUCCGCUUGCCGUCAGCUGAUUUUUCACGCCGGACGAUUUGACGGCUUACUGGCCGGGACUUUGCAUGCAAAUGACGAGCGGUGAGUCAAUGAAAAAAACUGCAUUUCUUGCUAAACUUUCGUUGUUGGCUGUGUCCACACACUCCGGUUGGAAGCGGAUUUUCGGCUGGUGUCAUCAGCUUUUUUCCGGCUGUUAUUGUCUAGCGUUGAUGACUGGCUCGUUAAAGAAGCUUUAGUCAGGUAGCGUUUGAAAAAAAAAACGCUUUCAAUGGUUUUGUUAGGAGUAGAAAUUAAAUUAUGUAUUCUAUAUUCUGCAGACUGGUGUGGU